UAUCACAUUUUACCGUUUUUGUUUUGUAUCCAAGUUGUAGUGUUGACACUUCCUCUACAAACAAAAGAUAGUCAGAGACAUUUAUGGCCUUUCAAUUUCCAAUUUGUGUCAUUAUUUACAACAUACUCUCUCAGCCACAGUUAUCCAACCAUUAUUGAGCAAACACAACAUACUUUUCGAAGCUGCCACACAACUCAUUUUUAGGGACCAUUUACUUGAUUAACCCUUUUCAGGAAAAUCAGUUAAUUUGGAUUAGUUACUGUGUUGGACUUGGAUGCUGCUGCAAUUGAUUCAGUGAUCAUGAGACUCUACCUUGCAUUGUUUUUCUUUUUGACCUCUCUUCAAGUUACUCUUAGUAAAGAUAUUGAACAUGGUUUGCUACUAGUAAAUGGAGCUCAAGCAAAAGCUGAAACAGGUGAUAACUUCAUUUGUGCCACUAUUGAUUGGUGGCCUCAUGAUAAAUGCAACGACGGCUAUUGUUCUUGGGGACACUCAUCUAUUGUAAAUUUGGACUUAUCUCAUCCUUUCCUUGCCAAAGCAAUCCAAGCCCUCAAACCUUUGAGGAUAAGACUUGGAGGUUCUUUGCAAGACCAGAUCGUAUAUGACAUAGGAAAUUUAAAGUCUCCUUGUCAUCCACUUCAAAAGAUGAAUGGUCAAGGUUGGUUAUUUGGAUUUUCAAAGGGAUGUUUACACAUGAAAAGAUGGGAUGAGCUGAAUCAAUUUUUCAAUCAGACAGGGGCCAUUGUGAUGUUUGGCUUGAAUGCGCUCAGUGGGAGGCACAAGAUUAGUAACACUAGUAAUGUUUGGGAAGGAGCCUGGGACCCUACAAAUGCUUAUGAUUUUAUAAAGUACACUGUUUCAAAGGGAUACAAGAUUGAUGCAUGGGAAUUUGGUAAUGAGUUAAGUGGUGAAGGCAUUGGUGCAUCAGUCGGUGUUGCACGGUAUGGGAAAGACGUGAUAAAACUUAAACGAAUUCUAGAUGUGUUAUACAAGAACUUAAGGUUCAAACCCUCGCUUGUAGCACCUGGUGGAUUUUAUGUAAAGGAAUGGUACACUAAGCUUCUUCAUAUUUCUGGUUCAGGCGUAGUCAAUGUUGUAACUCAUCAUAUAUAUAACUUGGGCCCAGGUAAUAACACACAUCUUGUAGAGAAGAUUUUAGAUCCUAAUCGCAUGAUCAAAGUGGAAACAACUUUCAAAAAUCUUUCAGAAACCAUUCAAAAACAUGGUCCUUGGGCUUCUGCAUGGGUUGGAGAAGCUGGCGGGGCAGCUAACAGUGGCGGUAUUGGUAUAUCUAACACAUUUGUGAAUAGCUUUUGGUACUUAGAUCAACUUGGAAUGGCAUCCAACUACAAUACUAAAGUUUAUUGUAGGCAGACAUUAAUUGGAGGGAACUAUGGCCUUCUCAAUUCCUCCACGCUCUCUCCUAAUCCUGACUACUACAGCGCACUAUUGUGGCAUCGGCUGAUGGGAAAGAAGGUUCUUGGUGUUUCGAGUGAUAUUUCUUCGCCAUUUUUACGCACUUACGCCCAUUGUUCAAAAGACAGGGCUGGUGUAACACUACUAGUGAUCAACAUAAGCAAUCAAACUCAGUUCAGACUCAAUGUGAAAAACCAUGGAACUGUUAAAGCAAAUGAAGUGGCCAAAUUCAGGGAAGAGUAUCACUUAACUCCAAAAGAUAAUAAUCUCAGAAGCCAUACCAUGGUGCUGAAUGGCAUUCCACUCAAGUUAACAAAUAAAGGGGAUAUUCCAACAAUGAAUCCAGUGCACAAUAAUGUGAAAUCUCCAAUAUACAUAGCUCCUUUGUCCAUUGCUUUUAUUUUGUACCCAAACUUUGAUGCUCCAGCUUGUGCCAGGCACUCUGAAAACUAUAAAGUCUAUGAUAAAUAAGAUCAACAAUAACAAAAAUACAUAUUUCUUUCAAAAUUAAAAUAAUGAGGCAUCAAAACAGCUCCUAUAAAAAGGGACGGAGGGAGUAUUAGAUGGGUGGCGGCUGCCCCAUUUUCAUACUACUUAGCUCCGUCCCUGCUUGUAAACUAUGCCUUAAAAAAUAUGGAAUUAUUAGCUCUUGGUAAUUGUAACUAGUGAGCAAGUUAACCCACUUGGAUUGGCUAAUUUGGUGUUGUUGCUUAUAGACCUUGAUGUGUGCUCUUCUCAAGAUCUCAGAUUCGAUUCUUUUCAAUGUCAAUUUCAGUAGGCAAGUUAUAUACAACCUUUACAAUAAUUUUAAUUUUCAAGAAGCGUAAAAAUUAUCAACUUAUGAAUAUAUUUGUUGGUUUACAUUUUAUAUCUGGUUUCACUUGAAGUUCA